GUCUUCACGUGAUGUGGUAAUUACUCGCGCGGGAGGCGGGAAUCUGCGUGUUGUUGGUGCCCGAGGGAUGGAAAAGAUGCAUGUUGAGCACUGCGUGAUUCACCUAGCACGAAGAAUGAGUCCCCAGACGAGCGACAGCAGCUCAAUGAACACAACCAAAGAUGAAUCAGAAGUGACAUCAUGGCUAUUAUUUGCAUCCAGAAACAUGAUUAACAAAAAAAGAAAAACCACAGGGGGAGGGAGGAAAUGCUACAUGCAAAAUUAUGUACCAUCUAUAUCUGAGGAAAUGAUGAGUUGAAUGAUUUGGAAAGACUCAACGACUCUUCACCAGCUCUUUAGAUGUUAUCAAGGAACCUGGAGAACCCAUCAGGAAUGAAGUGGAACAUUUGUGGCCUCCUGCUCAUUUUAUCUGUCCCCUUCUGUAUAUCUGUAGGACCUUUUAAGUCCUGUACUAAAACUUACAACAACUUAUGUCCUAUUCCUGACAGAACUUCAGAUAGAAUUAUGGAUAUGUUUAUCCUGGGUAGAGAUGGUUUCAUGGGAUACUUGAAAACAGGCAAUAAUUUUGCAAGGAACAUGUCCGGUAUUCUGAGCUGUUCUAAUGGAUCUUCAGUAAACACUACACAACAACUAGUCAACAUGAAAGUUUUUUCAUUUGAAGAAAAUACAAACUGUACAAUGAACACAUCGCUAACAGAGAGCAAAGACUAUGGAGUGAUUUUGUCAAGAAAUUUACCAUACAAACUCAAUAUAAGCAGAUUUGUUAUACCCACAUUUGUCUGCUUAAUUGAAGGGAAAUGCAAAAAUGGCACUUGGACAGACUGGAUUACAGACCUUAGGGGGACCAAUGAAACCACUAAAUAUUUUAAAAAAGUUGCAUGUAACAUAACCUGCCUGAAUCCCACAAAGACGUGUCAGAAUGCAAAAUAUAAUUCUAAUUGUAGUGCCAUUAAUGCAGGUGAAGAAAGUAAAAUGAACAACAUUGAGAUCCAGGAUGGAAAAGCAACUUGUUUUAAGUGUGGAAGUCCUUUUGAAGUGGUGAAAGAAGUCUCCUUACCCAAAGAAAUGUCAAAUAAAUUUAAUGCUAAUAAAACAGAAACAGAUGCUGGCACAGCUGCUGAGGCCAUGAAAAACCUCUCCAGCAUUCUGUCUCUGAUGGGGAAUUUGACCGUUGCCUCUAUAUCCAUGGGUAAUGUAAAAGGGAUUUUAAAGAAAAUUCCAAGUGAGUCUGAAAUCAAGAUGUCCUACUUCAUCUACUCUUCAGAAACUGACAUCAAAGUCUUAGAUGAUUUGGAUCAACUGAAAAAUUAUCCCAAUGUUUUCAGUAUUCCAGAGGAAGCCGCUAAGAAAGCACUCAACCAAAGCAGAGAAAAGGCUUUUAUGAGUGUUUUCCGCUUUCCCAGCAUGACAAAGGAUGCAGAGAACAGUCCAGUUUUGAAUGAUGAGGUUUAUGCAAUCGAAAUGGGGGCACAAAUUUCCAAUCUGAGUGACAACAUCAGCUUAACCUUUCCAAAAAAUCAGGCGAUUGGAACUCCUGUUUGUAAAUCAUGGGAUGGAAACGGGAGUAGACCAAACUGGACAACUGAAGGAUGUACUACUCUCACAGAAGGAGAACAUAUAACAUGUAAAUGUGAACACUUGACUUUCUUCGCUGUGCUCAUGAUCCCUCCAGAACCCAUUUCCCAAAAUGACCUCAACGCUCUCACCUACAUCACCUACAUCGGCUGUGGCCUCUCAUUGUUUUUCCUGUCCAUUGGGCUUUUUAUGCAUUUCCUCAUGAGGAAAGUGAAGGCCACUGAUUCAAUGCACGUGCUGAUUAAUCUCUUCGUGGCGCUGUUCCUGCUCAAUGUGGCCUUCCUGUCGAAUGAGUACGUAGCACGUGCAGGGGACAUCACUGCCUGCAAGGUCAUGGCUGGAUUCAUGCACUACUGCUUGCUAUCCAGUUUCACCUGGUUUGCAGCGGAGGCUUUUCACCUUUGCCUGCAGAUGGCCAAACACUCAGUCACCAUCAAACAUUACAUCAUCAAGAUCUCUGUGGUUGGCUGGGCUCCUCCUGCUCUUGUUGUCAGUAUCAUUUACAUCUUGGGCAAAUAUGGUGAGCAGACCAUAAAAACGGACACAAGCAAUGUAACUAUGUGCUGGAUUUUGGACUCCGAUAUCCACUACUAUGUGAACAUCAGUUAUUACUGCUUCAUCUUCGUCUUCACUUUUACCACCUUCAUUGUUGUGCUGCGAUGGCUCUCCUUGCUGAAGCUGAACCGGUUGAACAAGGUUGAAAAGGUGCAGCGCUCAAGUACCACCACUUUGGACAUCACCACCAUCCUGGGCCUCUGCUGUAUGCUGGGACUCACCUGGAGUUUUGCCUUUUUCGGCUACGGAGCUCUGCGUCUGCCCUCGUACUACAUAUUCACCAUCCUGAACUCCUUCCAAGGAUUCUUUUUGUUCAUAUAUUACUUGAAAGCAAGCCGCCACUUUGGAGACUCAGAAGAGAGCAAAAGGACUGAAGACACCAAUACAGAAAAUCCAUAUGAAGACCUGUCCACAGAAGACACCCGAAAAGCCAUCUGACCUCUACGUCUGUGGAUUUGAAAUGUCUUAUCUGUCUAUUGAUAUUUUAUAUUCAUUUGUAUUAUAAUGCAAUCCACUGCAAAUUCUGUAACGUAACGCUUUCUGAAAUUUCGGAAUUUUAGAAUUCGGGCUCUUUCAGUUCAUGAGUUUGAACUGUAUUGAAUUUCAUUUUAAAGAAAUUCAAAGCAGAAGAAUUGGAUUAGUCCUAUUUUGAGACAGAAUAAAUAUAUUGAUGUAUAAUUAAUAAUAAUGUAUAAUAUUAUAUAAUAUAAUCUGCUGUAUAUUUAGCUUUAAUUACAAAUUUGUUUUUGGAAAGACUUCUACAAAUGUAACUGAAUUUCAUGAUACGAUUCUAUUGAUGUAUUUGUCUUAACACUGUAUAAUUUUAUGCAUAUAUACAUAAUGCAUAAAUAAAUACUGAUUACUAUGGUAUAUUCUAUCAUGAUAGAAAAGUUGCUAAAAGUUAAUAGAUAUAAUUUGAUUUAUAUACUUUUUAGUCAGUUCAUUUAUCUAGAUAGUAGGUGUAUUUUCUAUCUUAAAUUGAAAUCAGUAGUUUCUGAGCAGCUCAUCAAGUUUAACUUGUCUUGUGCUUCCAUUAGCUGUGUGUGUUUACUGAUGACCAGUCACAUAAACUCAGAAAUAAUAUAUUGCUAUGAACAUUGAAGUUUUUAUUACACCUACACAGACGUUUCGAACUAUGUAAUGCACAAUUGUCCUUAAAAGAUUGUGUAUUAAAACCUUAGCUUAGUAUGGUGUUAUGCAAAAGAUUAAAACUUUUUGAAUAGGGAGGACUAUAAGGACUAUUUUAAAUGUCCUCACAAAGUGGCUUUCAAACAUAUUUUUAAAAGUAAAGUCCAAAGAUAAAACAAAUAUACAUUAUGAUUUCUUGUUUAUUAUUAAACUUCAGUAAACACAAUCAAAGUACAG